AAAAGCAGCAAGCUCUGUAAGCUCUCUCUGUAGCAGCAUUGAGCUCUAUCCAGCUCUAUCCUAACCUCUAUCCUUAUGAUAGAGCUCAACAAUGGUGUGAUGUCAAUCUCUACUAGCGCUGCUAGCGCCCCAUACCAACAAAUAUGAAUUGAAAGGUCUAGAAUAUUGAAUGGUGAUAUUUAUCACUAUGUAUAUGAAGAAAUGCAAUGAAAUGAUUGUGACUGAAAGUAUCAUUUGUGUUGUUCUAAACAUGUAAAGUAAUCAUCAAAACAAUAUCUCUAUUUAAUAAAAUAUCCUUAGAAUUGUGAAUACUUAGCAUCUAAAAUGGUCACACUACAGGAUAUUAGUAUACAGCUUAUGAAGCCAGCAAAGGAUCUUGCAGAUUGGAAAUUUCCAUUAUCUCAGGUUUUAGAGGAAUAUUAUGCAUUAUUAGAAGAUCCAUGUAGUAUAAACUUUGGAGAAGCAGCACUUGUUCUUCAAAAUUCAACCAAUGUAUAUGUACGCAGAAUUGAAUGUCUCUUUAACGAGAUAGGAGUUGUGAAACAAGUAUUCUUUGGCUAUGAGGAAGAAGAAUUAAAAAAGUCAAGUAAAGAAAGUAAAACUAAUGAAAAGAGGGUUUCUAAAAAAGGAUACAUUGAUUUUGAAAACUUUGUUAUUAGUGACUUAGAAACAAAUGUUGGAAAAAAUAUUAAUAAAAAGAAUCAAUUUCAAGUACAGAAGAAAGUCAAAUUAUUAAGUCACCGUUUUACUCAAUUAGAAAAUAAUGUAAUUCAGUUAUCUAACCCUAUUCAAGUUUAUGAUGUACUAGGAGAAAUCAUUGGGAAGAAAUAUGACUUUCGGUGCAAUCAAGCUGUAAAUACUAGUGGAAUGCUGGUGGAUGAAUUAACACCUUAUGACUUUAAUUGUAUAUGUAGCUCUCGUGUUCAGAAAGGAAGAAAUUCAUUAUCAUCUUAUUCAGAACCAAAAACACCUGGUACUGGAACUUCAGGAUAUCAGUCAGCUACCUCGUUUAAUGACAAUGAAUUUACUACAUCCAUUCAUGAAGAAUUUGAAGAUCAUAAUUUUUCUCUGCAAAUAGACAAUGUCUCUGUGGCAAGCGAAUCAGAAAUUGUAGAGAAAACAAAUAUGAUAAAUGGAGACCAUGAAAUCUCUUGUGCCAACUCUAAUAUUUCACAAGAAUUACAUAUAGAGAAAAUUGUUCCCAACAGUCAGCAUAUUCAAAAUAACUUGCUACAGGAUUCAGUAGAUAUUAUUGAUAAAAAUUCCUCGAUUCUUACUUAUAAAGAAAUUAAUAAAAUGAAAAGAAAAUUUGAAAAUGAGAGUUCAGAGGAAACUACUAGAGUUGAAGAAAUAUGUGAAAGCGAUGAUAAACGAAAUAAAAAAUGUGCAGCUAUCAAUAAACUGACAAACAAUCACAAGCAACUAGGUCUUAUUGAUGAAGGUGAUCAACUGCAAUUGAAGGAAGGAGUAUUUGGCUUGCGGAAAAGAGGGAAUCAAUCGACAAAAUUGUCGAUAUGUUCUGUAGAUGGUAUAAAUGAAUUUGACUGGAAACCAAUGCCAUUAAUUCAUGGAAUGAAAAAUUCAUUGUUUGAUAAUUCAACCAUUUUAAAGCUUCCAGAAUACAUUUCUCUUUUAGAAACGAAAUUCGGCUCAAAAAAGCGUAAGCAUUUUGCAUCAAAACUGCAUGAACCGGAGUGUUUAACGAAAUUUAUUUCAUAUGAAACUGAAUUGUUUAGAAUUGAGGAAAGAGAUUUUAUUUUACAAGCAAAACAAAAAUUUAAGUGCUUACGAAAACAGGAAUUGGAAGAUUUUAUAAAAAGUUUUAAUGAAUGUUUGAAUGAAACAGAAAUAGACAAUGAUAAUUCUUGUCAUGAAGUUACAACAGAUGUAACUAACGAUUCAUUGGAAAACAAUUUCAUUGAAGAUAAUGCUGAAGAGAUUAUGGAUAGAACUUUUUCACCUAUCGAUAACCAAUCACAAUCGACUGUUCGUCAUAAUUCAUUUGACAUCAGUGAAAAAUCCUCUACAUUAUAUAACAAUUCGUAUGAACCAUCAAUUUCAGAUGACUUGAUGUAUUCGUUACCAGAUUAUCAAACUUUAAUCGAAGGUAAAAUGAAAGAGAUUUUUGAGGAAUCUAAUGUCGCAACCGAAUUAGAUCAAACUGUAGCUAGGUGGCAUGCCUCUCUGCAACAAAAAUUGGCUGAGGCUGAAAUCAGAUCUACAUUUCGAAUUCAUGAUUAUACCUCUCGCAUAAUCGAUACUCUACAGGCUGUGGAUCAAAAGAAGAUUAAUUUUGAUAGUGUCGUUCACGACAAAUCUGCUUGCGAAGUAGCUAGAUAUUUUUUAGCUUCAUUGCAAUUGGCCAAUACAUAUGAUGUGGAGAUACAAACGAAAGACAGUGACAGUAGUAUAGAAUUAACGUUACUUAAUAACAAAAAACAACCCGAGACAUAGUGAACAUAUUUAUAUUACCGGUCAUGAACAAAUUUUGUCAAAUAUAUGUAUAUAUUUUACUACAGUGUUCCGUCUGUAGUUAUACAAACAUAAAUCGUUACUAUUUUUACAUUUUCUAUUUUAGUUAUUAUCACAAUUUUGUACGAUCCGACUACUUCACAUUACUGUCACAUUUGAUGUAAAAGAGGAUAUCACACAUGGUGUAGAAUAAACAUUUUCUUUAAUA